AAUUUACGUUUAGCAGGAUGAAAGGUUAUACAUCUUGAUGAUUUAGUUUAAGAUAAAGGGGAGAAGUAUGCUGUAGAAAAUUGUUAGGAAUGUAUCAAUAGAUAAAAUAGGGAAUACUAUUUGUAAUAUUCUUAAGGAAUGUUUUAGUGAUUAAAUGUGAAGUGAUAUAAUAAGAAGUGCUUUGUAUAAUGAGUGUGGAUGAUUCAGAAGAGUGAUUUG